UUGCAGCCAGUGACACAAGAAGCUUUUACUGUGAAAAGUAAAGAAUGAAUCUAGAAGAUGCAAAGAGGACGGCUUCUUCAGCAGAAUAAUGACCCAAACACCUCUAAAGCCACAAUGGCCCACCUCAAGAGCGUUUUCUGGGGUUGAAACAGCCCGCACAUCUCCUGAAUCAAUCAAGAUGCAUUAAAUCGUGACGUGGAGAGCCGUUCUGUUGUUUUUAACCACCUGUCACACUUCUUUCGGAGGCUGAGGUGAAAAGGAGAUGAGUGGGAGGGACCUGCGUGCCUUCCUGGCGGGUCAUCGGGCAGAGGACACAGAAAAGCUGACCCAGAGAGUGAUGAACGAACUGGGCCUUUCCAAAUAUAAACCAGUUCAGUAUGAGGAGCUUCAGGCCCUGGUGGAAGCAAAGAGACUCUCAACUGAGUGCAUUGAGCACAAGGUGCAGCAGACUCUGCGUGCAGUUCAGGAGAGGAAACAGACCUGCCUGCUGCACCAACACAGACAGGUGUGGACCUCUGAGAACCACAGACUGGACAAAGCCAGAGAGAAAGCAGAGACAGAUGUCAGGAGCUUCCUGGUUAGAAGCAGACUGGAGCAUCGGGAGGAUGGAGAUGCCAGAGAUGUCAUGAGUGAGCUACUGGACUAUGAGCUGCAUUUGGAGCAGGAGCGUGAUGCAUUUAGAUCGGCCACGGUACUUCCAGUCUGCCAAUUGAAAGAGGACCUGCAAUGGAGAAUGACAUCAGGACCUCCAGCAGCCAAUCAACAUGCAGAGUGGGAGCAAAUCCUCCAGCAGGUGGUAUUUGUGAAAGAACAGCAGCAGACACUGAUGGACACACUAGAGGAGGAGGGUUUUUCACUUCAGCAGGAGCUUUCUGCUUAUGGACUGCAGGCCAGUCUGGACACUGCCGCAGUGCAGGAGCAUGCAGGUGCUCUGAUGAAGGUGCCACAGGAGGUCCUGACCGCAGACUGCCCUUACACUGACCUCAAAAUGUCUCUCAUCAGUGCCUUUCAUUCCCUCUCCGACAAAUACACACAACAGCUGGACACAGUGCACAACAGACUUCAGGGCAUGGACAGGAACUGUGGGUGGAGUGAGCAGGACCACUUGCGUUUUCUGCACACUGUGAGUCAGUAUAGACCCCAGCUGAGGAACCACAGAGGCCUGUGUCUGGACAUGCUCCACAGAGUUCUACCCCACUACUCCACUGCAGAGCUGAACUCCCACGGGCGGAGCUGGGACUGGUACAGGUUCAGUGUGGAGCGUGAGAAGCUGCUGUUGGAGAGCUGGAGCAGGGACUGGACGGCACUGCUGCUCCGCGCUCUGGAGGUGCUGGAGGAGGCCAGAGCUGAACACGGAGAACAGCAGAACCUGCAGAAACAUCGCACACACCAACAGCACAUCUGUGCUCAGCUAAAACACAAGGUGCAGCAGUGGCGUGAGCGGCAGGAGGAAGUCGCUCGGCUGGAGGCAGCUGUGGCAGCUCGCUGGGAGGAGGAGGAGAAGGAAAGACAGAAAGAGGAGCAGGAAAGAGAGCAGACCAAGAGGAGCAGACAGAAACAGCGGCUGCUUGAGUUUCAUGAGGAGCAGAGGAGGAGGAGCAUGAAGUGGCGGAGGAGAGAAGAGGAGAGACUGGCACAGCUGAAGGGAGAGCUGGAGGAGCAGGCCAGGAGAGAUAAAGAGAGAGUGCAGUUUAGGGAGAAGCUGCUGGAGCAGAAAAAGCAGGAUCAUGAAGCUAAAGAGCGUCUCAGACAGAAAGAGGAAGAGGACAGAGAGGAGAGACUCAACAACCUACGCAACCAGGUUGCUGUAGUGGCGGAGGCAGAUCCAGAGAGAAUGAUGGGACAGACUGAAGCGUGGAGAGUCCGUCAUCAUCCUGACCAAGAAGAGUUUACACUGCAGAAACCCCUGUAUCACUUACACACUUAUACAGAUACACAGAUUGUGGCCGACCCACGUGUGCGUAUAGAGCAGGCGCUCAGGACCGCAGGCCUCCAUCACACACCUUACGCUAGAGCUCUCCUCUCAGAGAUCCAGCCUCCAAAACCACCCCGACGAGACACACAGUCCACCGUCCUCAGGUCCUAACCUCAGAGUUCUGCACUCGUUAAUGUACACACUGAUAAUUCAGCUCAGAUCAGCACAGCAGAUCUGUUAAUAUUUCAACACAAAUCAGCACGGCCCAGACAUUCACCCCAAACAGCCACAGUACAGAGACAGACAGACAGACAGACAGACAGACAGACAGACAGACAGACAGACAGACAGACAGACAGAUAGAUAGAUACUUUAUUGAUCCCCGGGGGGAAAUUCUUGUUUUUUUUUUUGUUUUUUUUUAGCACUGUUAUUAUUGAGUUAUUCUUUUACCCUAAAAUGACCUGCAGUGUAGAGAAGAAGAGACUUUAUAAAAACAACAUUAAAUAUUCUUUUUAGAUGGGAAUUUCAGACUGAAUAUGAUCAUCAUGGUAGAAAAAGGGAAUGUAGUGUAAAUGCAUAUGUAAUGUUUUUUUUUUUUUUUCAUUUACUCUAAAAGGUUUUUUAAAGAGCUCUGCUAGUUUUACGUCCUACUGCUGGAGCUCAUAUUGGAAGAUUGAGAUUUUAAAUGCAGGUGCAUUAAAGUCUGCAGUGCAUGUACUGUAUUAAAGAUGCCGCAGAUAAAACAAUAAACAAAUAAAAAAAGA